AGGCUACCUAGAACCGAAAACAGAAAACUAGUUUGGCUGGAAGCUAUUGGAAAAGAAAACAUAAAAACGAAUACUAAAGAUGUUAACAUUUUUUGUUCUUUACAUUUUGAUGAAAGUUCAUUUAAUAGAACACUCGAUAUUUGAAGACUGAAGGAUGAUGCAGUGCCAUCUCUUAUUUUGAAACAUCAUUCUUCAGACGAUCCGCAACCUUCAACGUCAAAUAAUGCUGAUUAUCCUGUGUGCAGCCAACAAAAUACUGGUUUAGUAAGUUAUAUGUAUUUGCGUUUUAAUAUUAAGAAGUUUAAAAUUGCUUUGUUUGUAAAAAAAAAUAAGCCCAUAGAUGAUAAUGAUGUGGUUUACCUUACAUAACUAAUACAUGUCUGUCACAUGCUAGGCCAGAAAAGGAGUUAUCCCAAUUUCGGCCAGGAGGUUGUACGCCAUAUCAAAAAUCAAGAAAAAUCUACUGAUUAAGGGAAAAAUAUAUAUAACUAUAUUUAGCAUAUAAUUUAGCCGUACAAAAUCAAAAAUUAAUCAUGAAUUUAUCAUUCUCAAAUGCAUACACAAGAUGGCGUAUGGCGUCAGAUAAAAAAAAAAAGAUGAACCAUAGACUAAACGUCAGUCGCUGUCAGAUUUCAUCUGUCACUCCACUCGUCUUGUUCUGAUAAUUGCGUUUACGUGUCUGAUCUGCUGUUUCCCAAGUUCUUCAAGUUCUGACCUGGCUUUCGUUUUUGGAUUGUUAUCUGCCUCAUCUGAUGACCCGGCUUGUGUUAUAUGGACUUGAGACAUAUCGUGCGAUUUGGACUUUGUUCUUUUGUUAGACAUUCCAGAGGAUCCGAUUGGUAUGUAAACGAUUUAUAACAUUUUCUUAAUUGUUCAUAGAAUAUCUAAUCGUUAAUUAUUACUUCCUUACUGUAUUAAACUCAUUAUAUUUGUUUUAGAAGCCACAAUCAUGGCGCUCUGUACUUCAUGUUCUUCUGAUAUAAAUGAAGAUUCCCAAAUCUAUCAGUGUAGUGAAAUGGGCCCUGAAAUCAUUUCCAUUAUUCAAAAUGCCAUAGGCCAAGAGGUGGAUGAAAAUGGCAUCAUAUGUGAAGAUUGUUUUGCUAAUAUUAUGCAAAUAAUGUGUGCUGCUUCUUGUGACACGUCAUCUGUACAAGAACAGUUUGAACUACAGCAUACGCAUGAUGUAAACGUGUGUGUAUGGUGCCGAAGCUCAUUAUUUCAGAGGCGUAUUCAUAGUCUAACAGACUACGCCAGACAGUUUAUUGCUGAAAAUAUUUCACCACGAAUUGUACCCGAAGAUGGCUUAGUGUGCUACGCGUGUUGGAUAAGAGUUAGACGAUCUCUUCCACAACAAGAAGUUGAAGUAGCUCCUGUAAGCAGAGAACCCUCGGCAAUAAAUAUGUCAUGUGUAUGGUGCUUACGCUCUCUUGCUGAGACCAGAAGGCAUUCAUUGCCAGAGGGUCCGGAACGGGAUGAAAUAGUUGCAAGAAUUUUUCCUAGAGAGAUUCCAUCUGGAGGCCGUGUAUGUUAUGCAUGCUGGGUCACAGCACGUAGAAAUGUGCAAAGAGCCCAGAACAUUGAUGAGGUGCGUCAAAAUCCAGUUUCUGCACGCCACCAAGAUGAUUCUUGUGCAUUAUGCCGCAUGUCUUUGUUCCGGAGGCAAACACAUGCCAUACCUACUGGGCCUGCGAGAUAUGAAUUAGCAGCAAGCAUUUAUCCACGCGAGUUAUCGGGGCACCUUUUGUGUACAAGUUGCUGGACUAUAUAUGUUAGACGAAAUGCAUCCCAAAUUCGUGAAGAAGCUUCACCAUCUGGAACGACGAUGGAAAAUGUUCCAGUAACAACACCAGUGAUGGAGCUUGAUGAUUUUACACACACUUCAAAUUCUAGUAGCCAUUGUUUUGUGCCCUACUGCACAAAUCCUGAGAGGUACAAUGUUCCAAUUAGUCUUAGAAAGCGAAUUUUAACGUCCCAAAAAGUAUUUGUAACAGAUAAUGCUAGAGUGUGUAAUGAACACAUAUCAUUAUAUAAUUGGGAGUUUCUAGAACAGCAUGAAUUCUCAAAAGUGUUUACAAAAACUGAGAUGCAGUCUAUGCUAAGACUUAGUAUUCGAGAAGUAGAAAGUCAUUUAGAUUUUGAAAGCAUUGAACAAAUUGAUGAUGUUAUUUUUAAAUACUGGACAGGCUUAUCAAAACAAAACUAUAAUAUAAUUUUUAACCAAAUCAGUCCAGCUAUGACUUGCAAAAAACCACGAACUGCCUUAGGGGCAUACUUAAUUAAAGCUCGUACUGGAGACUCCCACAGAAGAAUCUCUUCUUUGUUAUGUGUAAGCAAAUCGGCAAUAACGCGUUUAUUAAAUGCGGCUAGAGAGGCUCUGAUUACUAUAUUUGUGCCUAUUCAUUUAGGUGUUAAUCAUCUUUCAAGAGAAGAAUUGAUUAAUCGAAAUCUUAUAAUACCUGAGGGUUUAUUUGGCGAUAGAGAAGAGAGAGUACCAAUUGUAAUUUUUGAUGGUACAUAUAUAUACUUGCAAAAAUCUUCAAAUUAUCUGUUUCAGAAAAAAACUUAUAGUUUGCACAAAUACCGUAAUUUAGUCAAACCAUUUCUACUUGUGGCCAGUGAUGGUCAUAUCAUUGAUACAUUUGGGCCUUAUCCGGCAACUGAGUCUGAUGCUAAUAUUAUGAAAGCCCUUUUCCAAAAUGAAAAUAGAGAAUUGAGGAGAUAUUUUGAGGCAAAUGAUGUAUUCAUUUUGGACAGGGGCUUCCGUGAUGCAAUCCCGUUCUUGGAUUCAUUAGGAUAUAAAGUGUAUCAGCCUGAAUCACUUGAACCAGGAGAGACUCAGUUGUCUACGAUUAAGGCCAAUAAAUCAAGAUGUGUUACAUUAUGCAGAUGGGUGGUAGAAGUGGUAAAUGGACGCUUUAAAAGAGAUUUCAAAUUAUUUCGCAAUGAUUAUUUUAAUAUAGCUGCAACCCAUCUAAUGGACGACUUUCGAAUUUGUGCUAGUCUUAUUAAUGCCUUUCAUCCAGUAAUUGUGAAUAGGCCGGAUGCAGAAAUUAUAUUAAAUAGAGCAAUAGAAAGAAAAGAAAUGCCUAACAGAUUAGCUCAACUUAUAAUAGAUAAUAGAAUAAACCGAUUCCGAGCCCAAUUCACAAGCAUUAAUGCACAACUUCCAGAAUUAGAUAUUUUCCCUGAAAUGACCCUAUCAGAUCUAACAAUAUUUGCACUUGGCACUUACCAAAUAAAACAAGCCCGAAGCUACUAUGGUGAACACAUACGGCAACGUGGGUCAUUUCAGGUGGAAGUAUCUGACCAUCUGGAAGUUGUGUCCCAUGCAACCUCAUCCCAGCAACCGGACCCUGUGUUAGUAAGGGGUCGAAUAAAGUCUCGCCAUCAUUCUGGGAGAACAUAUUAUUCAUAUAUAUUGAUUGCGAGACAAGGAACUAGCUGGGAUGAUAAAAUAAUAAGCUAUUAUUGCAGCUGCAUCUCAGGACAGCGAACAGUUGGUUGCUGUGCUCAUACGAUGACCAUUGUGUGGUACUUGGGUUGGGCUCGGCAUCAGGAUACUAUUGCUGCACCGGCCUCAUUCUUAGAUAAUAUAUUAAUAAGGGAAGAUGAUGAUGAAUAAAAACCAAUGAAAAUAUAAAGCUGUUUUAUUUACUAACACACCCCUAUACAUCCUAUGUGAAAAACAGGUUAGUUUGAUCAUUGUGGGUAAAGUAGCAGUAAGCCAGUAAUCUUAUCAAAAGCUUUCAUUCUGAAUAAUUUGUAUUAGGUUUUUCAACACAAAGAAAACAUACAAUUUAACAGAUAUAUGAAAUGUUUUUCCUAAUAUGUUGUGAGAGAAAUAAAUAAAUAAAUUAUUAUUAUAUAAAACAGAUUACUUCUAAUCAUAUUUAAAAAAGUUAGAUUAACACAAAAUCUGUUAUUAGACAAUUAAUAGCACUGUAAUAAGUUAGGGACUACACAUCAAACAGAGCACGGGCGGCACCGCUCUCUUAACCACAUCAAUCUUUUAAAAUGCGAUCUCCAACCCGCCUGCCAAGCGUGGGGAUUAUGGCAAAACCCUCCACUACAGUGGAGGAGGCUCUUAGUCCAAAGGGCUGUUGAUGAUGAUCAUGAUGAAUAGGUUAUCAGGGCAAUCGACUUUUAGUUUUAUUUCUUUGUUCUUUUGCCGAUUGAUUAUUUCCAUUUAAAAAAGGUACUUUGUGGAUUAUUCUGUUAAUUGGCUUCAAUGGUGCGUAUUCUUUACAUAUAAGACUAUGACUAUUUUUAUUUUUCUUCACACCAAGAUACGACUUAAUGUCAAAAGUGACAGAUGUUCUUAAAAAUGACAUUCAUCCACCAUGAUGGUUUUUGUUGUUGAGUAUUGCUAUUUUCUUUAACAAUCUUUUGUUUUGAACGAAUAAACAAAGCCAUUUAAAAGAAAUUGAAUGAUAAGAAACUGUUGUAGAUUUAAAAGCCCUUCUUUUUGGUAGGUGUACAGGUUGUUGGCCUAGGCUCCAUACAUUUUGGGACAACUCCUUUAAAUAUCAUAACAUUUACAUUAUUGUUACAGAAUGAAGCACUCAGGAAGUUCAUCAAAAACUUAAAUAUUAUCAUAACAUUUACAUUAUUAUUAUUGUUACAGAAUAAAGCACUCAAAGAAAUUCAUCACUUGCGGGACCCAAAGAUUUCCUUUUGAGACAAAUAUCUAAUUGCAAAGGCUUGCCUACAGAGAGAUGUUACAGUGAGGAAAUUAGAAAAUUCGCUUUAACGUUACAUUUUUUAUCACCAAGAGCUUACGAUUUUGUGCGCUCUCAAUAUGAUUCGUGUUUACCGCAUCCACGAACAUUGUGUAAAUGGUACCAGAAUGUGGAUGCAGAACCUGGAUUUUGCAAAGAAGCAUUCGAUGCCCUGAAAGCCAAAGUAGAGUGUAGUGAAAUCCCAUUGGUGUGUGCU